AUGCAACCUGAGGACACUAGCUCUGAAGAAAAAGAGGUGUUAAGCUGGGAUAUCAAUGACAUGAAACUGCCACAGAAUGUGAAAAAGACUGACUGGUUCCAGGAGUGGCCAGAUUCCUAUGAGAAGUACAUUUACAGCUCUGAGGACAGAAACGCACAACGACACCUGAGUAGCUGGGCCAUGCGCAACACCAACAACCACAACUCACGCAUCCUCAAGAAGUCAUGCCUGGGGGUGGUGGUGUGCAGUCUCAACUGCUCUACGGAGGAGGGCCGCAAGAUCUACCUAAGACCUGCUAUCUGUGACAAAGCCCGACAGAAGCAGCAGCGAAAACGCUGUCCCAAUUGUGACGGGCCUCUGAAGCUAAUUCCCUGUCGAGGUCAUGGGGGCUUCCCAGUUACCAACUUCUGGAGGCAUGAUGGACACUUCAUAUUUUUCCAGUCAAAGGGAGAGCAUGAUCAUCCAAAGCCAGAGACCAAACUGGAAGCAGAAGCAAGGAGAGCCAUGAAGAGGGUGCACACAGCACCUGCCUCCAUCUCCUUAAAGCUCAAGACAAACCCAGAGACAAAGUCUUUUCCAGAUGAAACACAAAAUUGGGGGAGUUUACCUUUAACUUGGUCUUCCCAGGAAGGUGUCCAAUUGCCCAGCAGUUAUGGAGGACAUUUAAUAGCUAACACUCCUCAGCAGAAGUCCCUGAAUGAUUGCUUCUCCUUCUCUAAGACUUGUGGUUUUGGGGGAGCAGCUGACCCAACAGAUCCCACCUCCACUAACUUCUAUGAGAAAUGCAAGUUUUCAAGCAAUAGGAUCUAUAACAGUGGAGACCUUCAGCCUUCUGCCUCUGGAGUGUUCCCUGACUACAAUGAUCUGCAAGCAUGGAAUAAAAGCUCCACCCUGGGGAGAAGUCCUCUUAGUGACAACUGCUGCCCUAAUUACCCAUUCCCAUUGACCAGCUGGUCUUAUGACUUCUCCCCUUCCCAGAAUGCCAUGGAGUCCUUUCCUCAACAGAUUGCCAUGGAACCACCAGCGGUGAAAGCAAACUGCCACCCACUGUGGCCCAAUCCAGGCAGUGAUCUUUAUGAAGAGAAGGUGCAUAUGGAUUUUAACACUUACUGUUCUUCCACCCUGUGCCAUUCACCCCAGGAAGACCCUUUUCUCCUCACCUAUACUUCUCAUCCUCACCAUCAAUAUUCUCUGCCAGGCAAGAGCAGCAAAUGGGGUUUUGAUGAAGAUAUGAGGUGUAUGGGUUUGGAUCACUGCAACAAUGAAAUGCUUUUGAACCUCUGUCCUUUAAUGACCCAAAUAUGAAUCUUUGGGGGCAGAAGGUGGGAAUGUGAU